UGUAGUCCUGUCAUCUUUCCUUCUACAACUAACACUCACAGGGGUAACCUCACGCUCUCUGAAAGACGAAGCUCAAGCAAUAAAAAUGGGUUCUGAGAAGAAACUCCCCUACAAAGUUGCUGACCUCAGCCAGGCCGAUUUUGGCCGUAAGGAGAUCGAACUGGCGGAGCACGAGAUGCCAGGGCUGAUGAUGAUGAGAGCGAAGUAUGGCAAAGACAAACCUCUGAAGGGGGCUCGGAUCGCUGGCUGCUUACACAUGACCAUCCAGACCGCUGUUCUCAUCGAGACACUGAAGGAACUGGGAGCAGAGGUGACCUGGUCCAGCUGCAACAUCUUUUCCACACAAGACCACGCAGCGGCAGCCAUGGCGAAGGCGGGCGUGCCGGUGUACGCGUGGAAGGGCGAGACAGACGAGGAGUACAUGUGGUGUGUGGAACAGACCAUCUACUUCCCCGACGGACAGCCCCUCAACAUGAUCCUGGACGACGGCGGAGACCUCACCAACCUGGUGCACACCAAGUACCCACAGCUCCUGGAAGGAAUCAAGGGUCUGUCUGAGGAGACCACCACAGGUGUUCACAACCUCUACAAGAUGAUGGCCAAGGGUGAGCUCAAGUGCCCUGCCAUCAAUGUCAAUGACUCAGUUACCAAGAGCAAGUUUGACAACUUGUACGGCUGCCGCGAGUCUCUGGUUGAUGGAAUCAAGCGUGCCACAGACAUCAUGCUGGCAGGCAAAGUGGCCGUUGUCGCUGGUUACGGUGAUGUGGGCAAAGGCUCGGCCCAGUCGCUGCGCGCCUUCGGUGCACGGGUCCUCAUCACCGAGAUCGACCCCAUCAACGCACUCCAGGCUGCCAUGGAAGGUUACCAGGUGACGACCAUGGACGAGGCCUGUAAGCAGGGAAACAUCUUUGUCACGGCCACCGGCUGCAAGGACAUCAUCAAGGCCGAACACUUCCAGCAGAUGAAGGAGGACGCCAUCGUCUGUAACAUCGGACACUUCGACUGCGAGCUGGAGGUCAAGUGGCUGAACGAGAACGCCAAGAAGGACACCAUCAAGCCUCAGGUUGACCGUUACACCCUCCCCAGUGGACGUCACAUCAUCCUGUUGGCUGAAGGUCGUCUUGUGAACUUGGGCUGUGCCACGGGACACCCCAGCUUUGUCAUGAGCAACUCUUUCACCAACCAGGUUCUCGCACAGAUCGAACUGUGGACCAAACCAGAUCAGUACAAGAUCGGAGUCUUCGUGCUGCCAAAGAAGCUGGAUGAAGAGGUUGCAGAGGCACAUCUGGAACAGCUCGGUGUGAAACUGACCAAACUGUCUGACGACCAGGCUGGCUAUCUGGGCAUCCCCAAGGAGGGCCCCUACAAACCUGACUUCUACCGUUACUAGUUCUACGGACAGUAGCUAUACAGAACAUACUGUAACUGUGUAGAGGCAAACAUGUUAGCAAACAUGAUCAUGUUGGCACAUUGAUGUCCCUCGGAGAGUGUAUCACUCAACAGAAAUAAACCCAAGGAAUUGUGUUCACAUGUA